AUGAAGUUCUCUUCGUUAGGCGCUGCCUUGGCCUUCUCUCUGCCGUUGGUUGAGGGUUCACCACAAUACACCAAUUCCAAACCGCCGUCUUGCCGUUUCGGCCUUGAGUGGUCUCAAAAAGAUAUACUCCAACGCCCUGAUGAUUUCACUUGGGACCUUCUCUACUGGGAAGGCAAGUUUCAUCAGAACGAUGUAGCCUACAACACCAAGAAUGGCAUGUCGUACGAUGGCACCCAGCUUGACUGGAAGACUGGCAUGCUCACCAAAAAGCAUACCUUCAGUGCCGCCAGUAAAGAAGCACUGCAAAUUAUGCUCUACGCCCAAGCCAUUUCGGGAUCCAAGGAAGCUGCCCGCUUUCUAACUCCUGAGAACCUUCAAGCCGCCCCGGCAUUUGCUGCAUCCAUCAUGGAGACAAAGCUCAACACGUACAAGCAGUUCAAUCAGACCUAUCCUGGCUUCGGUGGCUUUCUUCCUUGGAUCAAGACGGAUGUUCAGAAGAUUUCGCCGCAGAAUGAUUGGGACGACAGGGUUCCAGGUCUGGACAAUGGAGAGCUUGUUUGGGCUGUUUACGCCUGUAUUGAAGCCCUUCAGAGACAGUCCAGUGCAAAAUUCCACAAAAUUGCCGACGGGUGGCAGCAUUGGCUCGAGUAUGUUGCUUCAACUGCUCCCAAGAUCUUCUACAUGGGUAAAGGGAAGAUCUGUGCCGUGACUGCAAUUAGUGACCAGACUCUCCCAGUAAACCACAAGCAGCAGUCUUACAAGUGUGAGACCGAAACCUACCUGGAUGAUCCCUACGAGGGAGAGCUUUUGACCUACUUCUUGCAAUUCUUUACCAACUUAUCUAAAAAGGAUAAGCAAACCCUGUGGGAGUACAAGCGACCCAAAUUGGAGAAAGCAGAAUACAAUAAAAGUGGUGUCGGUCCCAUCACAGUCCGAAAAGGUUUCUGGUUUUCCAGUCAUGAGAUUUGGAACCAGCUCGAGCUGCCAUAUCAUGAUGUCGAAAUCGUUCGAUCUCCUGGUCUCUACGCUUCGGUCAACAACUCGACUGAUCCAAAGACCGAUGAAAUCAUUGGCUACAUUUCGCCUGCCGGUAUUCCCUCAAUCGCUAGUCAGAAGGACCAAGAGCUCGAUGUUAUCACCCCCUACGGCGUGUUCCCAGUUGUCUUGUUUGAUAAAGCGAUUGGCCUUGCCUGGUGGAGGAACAUGAUCGUUGCCAAGAAAAUGCAAAAUCCUUACGGCAGUACUGAAUCAACUCGCAUUGACGGCGAAGGUGUUUCAGCACUUGUGACAUGGGACAGCAAAGUCACUACCGUGGUUGCACUUAUGGGUGGAGUUGUCGACCUUGUGCGGGAUCGUAUGAAGUCAGACGGCAUUUAUAAAGAGUUUUUGGAAAUCACAGAGGUACCUGAUGCCGGGUUGAAGGAUUUUACAGCCUGCCAAAAGUAG